CACGUGUGUGCUGUUGGACCGAACUCGGGGUGUUAAGUCAGCCGCUACCGUGUGAGUCUCAGUGUGCCCAGAGUGCUCUCGACGCUCUGAGCGGGAGCAGACGGUGAACCUGCAGUCAACGCCUCCUGCCGCCGUGCCUCGUUCAUCAUCGACACGUCUUUCAAUUUCAAUUUCGCGUCCCAAAAUCAACUUGCGCGAGGCAGGAGAGUUCGCCGGCCGCCGCCGCCGCCGUCGCCGCCGUUAUCGAUCCAGGAUGGAAUCGGCCGUCUCCGGAUCUCAUGGACAUCGCCACCACCACCACCACCACCACCUCCCGCGCACCGCACAGGCGCUUUUCGUCGGCACGGCCCGCAUGACCGGCCUCAAGGACCAGCGCGUCGCCGCCGCGUCCGCCCUCGCCGCGCCGUCCCCCGCGUCCAGCAGCAGCCACAGCAGCAGCGGCAGCAGCGGCGGCGACGACGACGGUGAAGACAAAAGGGACGACAGCAACGAGAAACGGAAGAGGCGGACGGGCGCAGGCAGGAGAAAGCAGAGGAAAGAAAGCCUGGAAUCGACCGAGUCCAUGGGCAUUCGGGCGGAGGGGUCCGGAUCUCUACCGCCCAAGGGUAUCAUCGGCGUUCUCGUCGAAGAGGACACGGAGGCUCGACUCGGCGACGCGGAGGCGUGCGGACGGGGGGCGGGAGAGGGACCGGGCGAGCAGCACGAUGACAUGGAGCGAGUGGUGUUCAACGUGUCCGGGCUGCGCUUCGAGACGCAGCUGGGCACGUUGGCGCAGUUCCCCAACACGCUGCUGGGCGACGCGGAGCGGCGGUCGCACUACUACGACCCGCUGCGCAACGAGUACUUCUUCGAUCGCAACCGGCCCAGCUUCGACGCCAUCCUCUACUAUUACCAGUCGGGCGGCAGGCUGCGGCGGCCGGCGAGCGUCCCCUUCGAUAUCUUCUCCGAGGAGAUCAAGUUCUACGAGCUAGGCGACGAGGCGAUGGUGCGCUACCGUGAGGACGAGGGCUACGCGAAGGAGGAGGAGAGGCCGAUGCCGGCGAACGAGUUCCAGCGCCACGUGUGGCUCCUCUUCGAGUACCCCGAGAGUUCGGGGCCAGCGCGCGGCAUCGCCAUCGUGUCGGUGCUCGUCAUCGUCAUCUCCAUCAUCAUCUUCUGCGUCGAGACGCUGCCCAUGUUCCGGGAGGAGAGGGAGAACGCCUCGUUCGCCGUGCCAUUCGUCAACGGCACUGAGGCGGAGGACGAGGCCUCCGGCAGCUCGUUCGCGGACCCAUUCUUCAUCAUCGAGACCGUCUGCAUCGUGUGGUUCAGCUUCGAGCUCACGGUGCGCUUUCUCGCAAGUCCCAGCAAGCCGGCCUUCUUCAAGGACAUCAUGAACAUCAUUGACAUCGUGGCCAUCGUGCCCUACUUCAUCACCCUGGGCACCGAGUUGGCGGAGCAGGAGGGCAACGGGCAGCAGACGAUGUCGCUCGCGAUCUUCAGGGUAGUCCGCCUCGUGCGCGUCUUCAGGAUCUUCAAGCUGUCGCGACACUCCAAGGGGCUGCAGAUCCUGGGCCAGACCCUGAGCGCCUCCAUGCGUGAGCUGGGCCUCCUCAUCUUCUUCCUCUUCAUCGGCGUCAUCCUCUUCUCGAGCGCCGUCUACUUCGCCGAGUCAGACGAGUCCGAAACGGACUUCACGAGCAUCCCGCACGCGUUCUGGUGGGCCGUUGUCACGAUGACCACGGUGGGCUACGGCGACAUGUGGCCCAAGACCGUGGGGGGGAAGAUCGUGGGCUCGCUGUGCGCCAUCGCGGGCGUGCUCACGAUCGCGCUGCCGGUGCCCGUGAUCGUCUCCAACUUCAACUACUUCUACCACCGCGAGAUGGACAGCGAGGACCAGGCCCACUACUCGCACGUGUCCAGCCUCAACACCAAUGACGACGGAGGAGGUGGAGGAGGAGGCGGCGGAGGAGGCGAUGAAGAAGUUCUCAAGCAAAUGUCCACGGAGGUCAACCCGCAGAGCGGCAGGGGCGACGGGGCUGACGUGGUGGCAAUCCUCAAGGAGGUGGAUUCUGGACAAGUCCCCAAUAACCUUUCUGAGCGGACGGGGCUAGGACCCAUUGCCUAG